AUGUCAGGCACAAACUCCAUAAUAACAUGUCAGAAAAACGGACAGUGGAGUCGUGCAUCUUUCCAGUGUGAAGUUAUUGCAUGCGAGGAACCUCCAGCUGUGUAUGGGGCUGUUACAAUUCUCAGUGCUACUGACCACGCCCGGUACCCUUCUGUGGUGUAUUACAGGUGUAUUGAAGGAUACAAACAUAUAAGAGGCAAUAUGUACACAACUUGCAACACCAAUGGCAAAUUCACAAAAUCCGACGUGUUCUGUGCACCAACAUUAUGUUACAACGUGCAUCCAGAAUAUGGAAUUAUUUACGCCGGCAAUUUGUCACAUACUCAUAAUGGGGACUCUUGUCAGAUGUGGACUGCAAGCGUUAGUAGGCACAGAAGGUCUGUAAACACAUCAGAUGCAGCAAACUACAUCGUUGAUCACAGCAUUGAAGCUGCCGUGAAUUACUGUCGAGCUUUUGCCGGUGACAUGACACUUUGGUGCUACACCGCUUUCCCUUCUAGAAUCGGACGUUGCGACAUUGACCUUUGCAAAGAUGUUGACUGCGGUCCACCACCAUCUUUACCUGGACUGUCGGUUUUGUUUUAUGAUCACACCUAUCUGGGAGGAAAAGCCUUGUACACCUGCAGAGCUCUACACGUAACGAUAACUCCAAACGUACAUCAACUAGUAGAAUCGGUGUGCCUGGCCGAUGGGACAUGGGCAUACAUUGAUCUUGUUUGUGCACCCAUAAACUGCUACAGAGUGGAUCCCGUCUAUGGUGUCCUGUAUGCUGGAACGAUGUCAGUGACACGUAAAGGAAUCAAAUGUCAGGAAUGGUAUCAAUAUAUGCCUCAUAGACCACUCGCAAAAUAUCUAAAUGAUGCUGCCUACUUAGUAGACAAAACUAGAGUUGAUGCAUCAAAUUAUUGUCGAGGAUUUAUGAACUCGUCUUCACCACCCUGGUGUUACACAAUGGAUCCUGCAGUUCGUGAGGAUACAUGCCUGAUAGAAAAAUGUCGAGAUUCCACAGAUGAGACGUGCACAUCCACUGAAUUUGAGUGUCCAGAUGGCCGGUGUAUCCCUCAACACUGGAAGUGUGAUCAAACACCUGAUUGUUCUGAUGGAUCAGACGAGCAAGAUUGCACAGCUUGUUCGACACAAAAGACCGAAUGCCAGAACGCCGGUAAACUGCGGCAGUUUGAGACGGACACUGGUCAGUGCUGUGAUUGUCCAACAGGUCUUACUGGACCUCACUGUGAAGAUUGCGAUCCGUCAGAAGUUGUGUGCUAUAACAAUGGUACCCUGAUAUCGCAACUGCAGGAUGGCAACUGUCAAUGUCAGUGUACACGUGAAUACACUGGAGCCCGCUGUAAACAGACAACUGAAACUAGAAAUUAUACAGAAAAAAUUCAUACCACGAUAUUCCGAAAAUUGGAAAGAUGUCUUACUGACCCUGUUGAUAUCACCGUGAUUGUAGAUGGGAACAUUCUAAAGGACUCGACACCAAAAAAGAAUGAAAUAUUGCGCUCAAUACAGGACCUACUAUCUUACUUUGGCAAUGACCGAGUUGGGUUGUUAACAUUUCAUACUAACAAGGUUAUACAAAUCGAUAACAAAAUAUAUACUACUGACCUAGCGUUCACUCAAUCUCUACACAGACUGAACAUUGAAAGUGGCAAUUUCACCUUAGCAGAUGCUCUAGAUGAAACCCUAACAACACAAAUGACACUGACCAAUGGGAGAAGACUCAAUGGUAUAGGUAUUGUUAUAGUUAUCGCUUUCGAGUUAGAGAAAACAGCAGUUGAUUUGGCAGCUAGCAAAGCUCGUGCCCUUCAUGAAAAUAGUAUCCGUGUCAUUGCUAUAUCAUUACAUAAAGGCACAGAUUUUACACAGGUUGCUGGGGACACAGAAAACGUGUUACAGUUUGAUAUGCUGGGAGAUAGGACAAUACCCGCGUUUGGACAAACAACUGCACUUUUAAUUUGCAAAGUUUGUGAUUCAACGUGGACUUUCUACAAAGGCAACUGCUACAGACUUUAUGCAGCAGACGAAGGGGAGACGUCGACCAAUUUUUAUGAUUACAGUGGGAUUCAUUGGAUGAAUGCAAAAAAGAAAUGUUCUGAACAGAAAAGCCAUCUUGUAUCCAUCAGUGAUGCAAUGGAAGAGACAUUUCUGAUAAACAGUAUUAUAAAGAUACAAGGCGACAUUCACAUUGGGCUCAAGCGAUCUGGCAACACUUUUCCAAAACAUUAUCAAGGCAUGUAUAGGUGGACUGAUGGAAAACCACCUACGUUUAUGAAAUGGUGGAGAGAUGCAGUGUCAUAUCAGCCAGAUGGUGGUGACAUGGAAUCGUGUGUGGUUUGGACAAAGACUUCUGAUCUCUCAUGGUGGAAGGACGUUGGGUGUGGUGCCGCUAUUGGCAAGGCAUUCAUCUGUGAAACGGAAGCAAGAAACAAUACCAAACAGAUGGUUAGUCCAACUGUCCAAGUGCCAACGCAUGUACCAUCCAUAGAUCGGCUCUUAAGCUGCCGCAAUGGUGAAAUCAUUUGGGAAUCUCGGAAGUGUGACGGACAUCCUGACUGCUUAGACGGAAGUGAUGAACAAAGCUGCGGUGAUGUAUGUGCCGACAAUCAAUAUCGUUGUAUGUCGAAUGACCUGUGCCUUUCAUGGGACUUCUACUGUGAUCAGAUCAACGAUUGUGUGGAUAAAAGUGACGAAACCAUGUGCAUUCCGAGGCCGUGUGAUAAUGAUGAAUGGCGAUGUUCUAACGAUCAGUGCAUUAACAGCUUAAAGGUGUGUAACCUCAUUCCCGACUGCCGAGAUGGCUCUGAUGAGCUCAACUGUAACAAUUGUAAAGGAUUUCGUUGUGCGGAUGGCAGAUGCAUACCUUACAGCUGGCAGUGUGAUGGAAUCACAGAUUGCCCAGGAGAGCAGAAACAAGAUGAAUUUAACCGUUUUUGUAUAUUUAUCAAGUCAAGUAAUACACCACCAGACACGGCGUGCCACUGGAAAGCACAGGGAGUGUAUAACGCAAUGCCUCGUUAUCUCACUAGGAUGGAUGCCUGUG